GAGGAGAGAUUUCGGCACCCCCACUGAAAAAAUCGUUCCCAGGUCCCUGGAUAGCACCAGUGGUAAGCUAGGGAUCCUAUCGUGAUAUCCGUUUGUUUGUAGUUGACCGUGUUUGUAUAGUAAUCUCAGCCCCAAAUCAUAUUGCUUGACCAGUACAUAUCCUCCCAUCUCCACCGUUUUAGACCUGAACUUGACGGAUACUACCACUCACAACAUCUUCGAGACGUCAGGUCAGACAUGGCUCCACUCGUCACCCUAAUCACCGGAUGUUCUACCGGCAUUGGUCUUGCGACAGCCGUCAAGUUGGCCAAAGAUGCCAAUAAAUACAUAGUGUACGCGACCAUGAGGAACCUGGCGAAGAAGGGAGACCUUGAGCAGGCUGCAGGCAGCGCCCUCAACGAUACCCUAUUUAUUCGGCAGUUAGAUAUUACCAAAGAGGAGUCGAUUGUGGAUGCUGUUAAAACAAUAAAAGAGAAGCAUGGCAAAGUCGACAUUUUAGUUAAUAACGCAGCAUUUGGAUGGAUGAGACCACUUGAAGAAAUGACGAUGGCUCAUAUGAGAAAUAUGUCAGAAACCAACAUCGUAGGAACAUAUCGGAUGACACAGGAAGUAAUACCUAUCAUGAAACAACAGAGGUCAGGUCGUAUAGUCAAUAUUAGCAGUAUCGGCGGAAUUAAUGGUUUUCCAUUUAGUGAUGUUUACAGCGCAACGAAGUUUGCCAUGGAAGGAUUCACAGAAGCUCUUCAUCCUGUAUUGAAAUGCUUUAAUGUCAAGAUCAGUUCUGUCUGCCCAGGUCCAGUUCUAACCAGUUUCCAAGAAAACAUGAUUGCCAACCAAGAUCCAGAAGCUAAAUCGUCUGAUGCAGAAGUCCCAACAAAGAAGAUGUUCACAGGUUUCAUGGGUGCAUUGAUGGCCCCGAUGAUGGCAGCGGCCCAAAGUAGUGAUGAGAUUGCUGACGUCAUUAUAGAUUGCAUCAAAUCGGAAGACCCCGCCCUACGAUGUGGAACCGACGAGAAUACCAAUAAACUUCUGAGGGAUCGCUUCAAUGGCGGUAUCGGGGAUGCUGCAGCGCAAAAUUGGUAUAUGAUGAUGCAGACCGCUUCAAAGCAUUGAGGAAAUAAUCUCUUCCUUAAAACGCUCAAUGAAACUUUCUACUCCUACACAAUUUAUCUUCCUUUCACCUUCUCCUUUCUUAACGGUUUCCCCUUUUUCUUCUCCCGCCCCUUUCCUUCUCUCUUUUACCCCUCCCUCCUCCGUUUUACAAUAACUGAUAUUCCCCUUGAACAAUGAGCAUAUUAUAAUCCAUUAAACACUGUUAAAAUUACUUGGGGAGCAUUUCUCAAUGUGUAUUUCCCUGAAAAAAAAACACAGCGGUGUUAAAACUGAAUUGACUGCACCUGCUACUUUACAUCAUGCAGUGUUUAAUUCAUGCUCUUAGUUGAUCACCCAUUGGUGUUUUACACGUUCUGGCAACACUAUUCAGUGCCAAACUCAAAGUCCAUGGUGUAUUUUAACUCCCAUUCGACUUGAGUUGUUUUUAACACCGGAAGUUUUACAGUGUACAACCGUUAUAAGCUACUUAAAUCCAUGUAUGUGAUUGGCUUAGAACUACUUAAUUUGUCAGCAACGCUCCAUGUAGCUUAUCUAUCGCCAUUACUCAAUGGUUGAUAACUAAAAUCUAUUGAAUCAAGUUUUGCUUCUGAUCACUGUUGGUUGUUUGUCUUGUAUCUUUUUUUUAAAUUUAUCUAGUGAUUUGUUUAAUGAUUAAUUGUAUCUCUUCAUCGAUUUGUUGUUGUAAUUUUGGCCCCAUCGCCAGUAUUUUUUGUUGUAUUGUAUUUUUGUCUAUAGGCGUAUCCCGCCACAAGCCUCGGCUUUUAGGGUAUACGCCUUCUUCUUUAAACUCAACACGUACAUACUUAUAUUCUUCAUAACAAUUUGAUUUUUGUAUGAAUUAAUUUUUAUGAAAAAUGUUUUGAAAUGGAAGAAAAUCAAUAUUUAUUGAAAGAAAAAAUCCUUAAUGAUUAAUUAUCAUCUCGUCUUAGAUUUUUUUUCUUAUAGAAUAUACUUCAUGUAAGAUAUAUGGAUGAAGUUAAUAUGUUUAAAUGAAAUUUUUAUGAUAAAAAUGUUUCACGGCUAUUAAAGAGGGGCUGUACUCCAAUGAGUUCAAAAAUACAGUCGGAUCCUCUAAAGUAUACCAGUAUAUAUUUUUUUAAAUUCAAUUAAAUUCAAAUACAUUUAUUUUAAUCCAUUUUCAUAAGAUAUCAAUUUACAAUACAGUGCGUCCCACAAAAAAACGAAACCGAGAUUUAUAGAUGAUUUAGCAUAACUUAAUCACAAAUACAAUAGACAAAUGACCUACAAUUUAGACAGUUCUAUUGUAAUUUUUUUUCUUCAGCCAAAAUUCUGCUAAUUCUCUGUUUUAUCUACAACUACAUACUGCUUGAUUUUGUAAGAAAGCAAGCCUGUUUCUUCCUGUAAGUACUGUAGCUGCUCUAGUGUCAUCUUUGUUGGAGUAAACUCAUUAAAACCACUAUUUAUGAGGAAUGAUCUGUGCUGACUUUCACCAUCAGUUUGCAUAUGGUCCCACAUCUACACUUUUGUGGUGGAUGUGCACUCUGCAUUCUAACAGUAGCCUACAUGUAUAUGUAACAUAGGCCUCUUGCUUACUCGUGCUCAGCUACCAAUGCAAAUGGAGAUGCAUGUUUAAGCUGUUUUUGUUGGCCCUCCUCUUCGUCGGGACAACAGACUGCAUUGUUUGUGCCUGCAACAUGAUGCACUUGAAAGGAAUUUAUUUGACUCCAAAUAAACUUCGACCAGCUGGUAAGCCUAUGCCACAUUAUUCUUAUAGUUAUUCAACAUUUCGCUGCUUGUUAUACACUUCUGAUGACAUUGAAUGCAAUCCUGGACCUGAUCCGAUGCUUACUAGAGUGUGUGAUGACAACAUAAACAUUAUUAGAGGAACAAACACACUGUUGUCUUGUACAUUAUUUAAUGCAAGGAGUAUAAGUAGCAAACUGGCUGAGCUUAUAGUUUUUCUUCAGACCUCGAAACCAGAUUUCCUAUGCAUAACUGAAACUUGGUUGGGGACUGACACUGAUGACUGUGCACUUGGUUUCCCAGAUGAUUAUUUGAUACUGCGUCGUGAUCGAGGUGGUAGACGUCGGGGUGGCGGUGUUCUCCUUGCUGCGAAACAUUCCCUCAAGCCGCAAGUCAUUACUUCUGUUAUUCAACGUGACAGAGGAGAACUUUUAUGGGUAUCGCUAUCCUUUACCCCAGGAUCCUCUUGGCUAGUUGGAUUGUUGUACAGGCCUCCGAACAGUUCAAGUUCCUACUGGAAUAUCUUGAGAGCUGAGAUUGAAGCUGUAGGUGUUGACAAUUAUGAUGGUUGCCUACUGUUGGGUGAAUUUUAAUGUCAACAUGUCGGCCGGUAACUUUUCUUCUAAUCGGAACCAACUGUCAGAGCUUAUGGAGGAGUUCAACUUUGAUCAGAUGGUGAAACAGUCUACUAGAAUCAUGGUCAAUGGAGAUGUCGUUUCAGGUUCCAUUAUCGAUCUUGUUUAUACGAAUCGGCCUUAUUCCUUGAUCCACGUUGAUACUUCAAGUAACCCAGUGACAUCUGAUCAUCAUGCUGUUAACAUCCGUAUCCGUUCUCCGAGACCUUCGCCCCAACGAGCCGCUUUGAGGUCAUUUCUACAGGUUCGUCGUGGAGAUUUUGCGAGACUUCGAUACCUCAUUCAUCUGAUCCCAUGGCGAGCUAUUUUAUCUGGAACUGAUGUGCAUGAGUGCAACGAAAUCUUCAGAGACUUUCUUGAUGCUGCCAUUAAUGAAACUAUCCCACAUGUGCACAAACGGAAGAAUCGCCUCUCUCCUUGGAUCACACCCGAAAUCAGGUCUCUGAUUAAUGAAAAACAUUCUCUGUUUAGACUUGCUAGGAGAACUCAUAAUCAUGUAGACUGGUUAAAUUAUAAAGCUGUCAGAAAUAAUGUGAAGAAGGACUGUAGAAAAGCGUAUUGGACAUGUGUUAACACAUUGUUUGCCUGUGAUGACAAUAGACGUAGGUUUGGGGCUUUUAUAAGAACUCGCAAAAACUCGCCUCCUCCUCCUAAGUUUAGGUUUAAUGAUGUAGAUAUUUCAAAUCCUGGAGAUAUUGUAGAUGCUUUCAGUUCCUAUUUUAGUUCUGUAUUCAGUCAUCAAUGUACUCUACCUGAUGACCCCCCUACUUGUAAUUUGUACAUUCCUGUUCUUUCACAUUUCUCUGUAUCUUCUUUACAUGUUCACUUGGCUCUUCUUCGUCUACAGAGAAAUAAGUCUCCUGGACCUGACGGCAUUCUUCCCAGUAUUCUUCUUGAAGUUGCAGAAGAAAUCUCACUUCCUAUUUCUAUUCUUUUCAAUACCUCCUUAGGUUGUGGCAAAGUUCCAUUGUCCUGGAAACGGGCACACAUUACACCCGUUUUCAAGGGUGGGGACAAACCACUUGUCACGAACUAUCGUCCUGUUGCUCUCACCUCAGUUCUUUGUAAACUCCUUGAGGGUUUCAUCGUUAAAAACAUCCAGGAACAUAUUCAUGCAAAUGGACUUCUCAAUCCUGGGCAGCAUGGUUUUGUCUCUGGUAAGAGCUGUGUAACACAAUUGACAAAUGUUUAUCACCAGUGGAGUUGUACCUUGGACAAAACCCGUGCACCCAGGAUUGAUGCAGUCUUCUUAGAUAUGUCGAAAGCAUUCGACAGAAUGCCACACGCACAGCUUUUGUAUAAACUUGCCAAAUCAUUUAACAUUCAAGGUAGUUUAUGGAACUGGAUUCACUCCUUUCUCUCCAACAGAUCUCAGCGAGUUGUUUUAGGCUCUUCAUCGGACUGGAUUGAUGUCCCAAGCGGCGUCCCCCAAGGGAGUGUCCUGGGCCCCACACUUUUUAACUUGUUUGUCAAUGAUAUCUCCCAUAAUGCUCUAUCUCCUUGUGUUGUGUUUGCAGAUGAUGUUCUUAUUUUUAGGAACAUCUUAAAUUUUCAAUCAUUAGUCAUUUAAAAUCAUUAUAAAAAAAGAAACAUUUCAUCAUUUUAUCUUUAUCGAUAAUUGGUACCCUCAGUUUUACUUGUCGAAAGAAGUUUCUUUAAUCACUUACGGAGCCAAGAUUUCAUAAAUUAAAUCAAUCUGGUUAUUAUUUUGAAAAUAAACAUUGAGGGCUUAUUCCA